AUGGCCGACGAAGAGCAAAAGUUCGACACAAUGUCAUUGUCAUCAUCAUCUUCUUCACCUUCUUCUCCGAUACAGGAGGAAGAGUUGCAGCACAUGCCAUUGGCGCCGUUGGCGUGGAAUAACAGGAGGAAGCUAUCGAAACAGCUGUCGAUGUGCGAGAAGCCGAGAGACAUGGCUUGGGAGAGAAAGAGGAGACAAGAAAGAAGGAGGAGUAGUAUUGCUAAUGAAUGUGUUUGUGAUGAUAUAACGGAUGACGAUCUGCAUGAGCUUAAGGGAUGCAUUGAGCUUGGGUUUGGAUUCAAUGAAGAAGAUGGUCAGAAACUUUGUAAUACAUUGCCUGCACUUGAUCUUUAUUUUGCUGUUAAUAGAGGUUUGUCACCAAGCCCCGUUUCCACACCUCAGAGUCGUGCUUCUUCUCUUGGAGCACGUUCUUCUUCCUUCGGAAGCCCGAGGAGUGAUGCUGAUUCCUGGAAGAUUUGUUCCCCAGGUGAUGAUCCUGAAUUGGUGAAGACCAAGUUAAGACAUUGGGCUCAAGCUGUUGCAUGUUCGGUAAUGCAAUCGUCUUAA